AGCAAGGUAGUCCGUGCGUCGAAAACGUCAGUGAAGCAGCAUGGCGGAGAUGUGGUUGGAGAGUCUGCGCUCUGAGUGUGUGGGGAAAUAACACUCUCAGCCGAUUUAACAAGAAAGAUCAGUGUCUAUUGCAUUUUUUGUCAAAUAAGUGUUUAUCUAAGAUGGAGAGCCACAGUGGUGGCAGCGUCCCUGCAUCGAAAUACAGCUCAGUGAAAUAUUACAUCCCACCCGAGAGUUACGUUACACCAAGUCAAGAUGGCGAGCAUUCUGGUACCGAGCAAGCUGGUGGUACCGAGACUAGACCGAGAGCUGGAGUGUCUUCUACGCAAUAUAUUCCAAAAGCGGGGGACCGCUUGAACUUUCAAAUACCGAGAAAGAACAAAGAAAAGAGAGCCUUGUUCCAAUAUGUGUCGUCAGAGUCCCGGGAGUUUGAAGACAUCUUGACCAUCCUGUCAUCCAACUACAGAGAAGCCAGCUCCAACGGGAUGUUCAUGUACACCAAGCCAAGACUGGUCCACAGCGAGCUGCUGGAGAAGGACUUUGUAGAGAAAAGGAGAGAGCUGAAGCAGGAUGGGAGGACGGAGAAGGAACUGGAGGAGACCCACUGUUUCCUGAUGGCUGACACCACCAAGCUGCCAUGGAUCUGUGAGAAGGGCCUGCUUGUGGGGCACAGCUGGAUCACAGCUCUGGGGAACCCCGCCAAGGGUGUUUAUCUGUCUAAAAACUCAGACCUACUGCAGAUCAAUCCUUUUAACCCUGGAGUCAUGGGAGAGAUCGUCAUAUUCAAGGUCAUCAAGGGUAAAGUGAAGAGCAUCUAUGAGAACAUGUCAAAGAACCUUCUGGACCCCACUCCCAAGUUUGACAGCCAUUUCUCCAAGAACGCCAGCAAAGUGACAUCUCUCACCUCCUAUAGAGCAUACGAACUUACUCAGCAAUACUUCUAUGAGUAUGACUUUGAUGAGCUGAAGCCUCGGCCGAGGCACGUGUGUCCCUAUGCAGUGGUCUCUUUCCAGUUCAAAGGCAAAGAUGCUCCUCUUCAAGCCAAGCCCAUGGCUCCCCUGAGGUCAAACAGCCAAACGUCUGAAGGAAGUACAGGCAGGAGUAAAUACACAGUGUGGAGUGGAGAGUUGGUGAAUGAGGGUAGAACAGUGUCCCUGGUCUCCUUCUGCUCCUUCUCCCCCCCCUUCCUGCCUUUCAAACUGCCUGAGAAGCUGGAGCUGGGUCAGGUGAUGUGUAUAGACCAGGUGAAUCAGAUGAUCCCCUCAGCUCUGUUCUCCUGGAACCUGUACGCAGGCAGCCACGAAGUGUUGAAGAAUGGAACCUACUGCAGUCUGCUGGAGGUAGUGGAGAAGAGCAAGUCAGGUGACCGUCUGGCAGCACUGCUACAAGGCCUGGAGACACAGAGACUGGUGCUUGUCCACGCGUUGGCUGACAAAGGAUUCCUCUUCCUCCUGUCUUCAGUUCAGAUGGCUGCUCCAACUGAAAGAAGAGAUGGGUGGAAAAGAGGCCUUCAAGCACUCUUCGUUUUUCAAGAGUCGAGGGAUGUGACAAAAUACAGUACAAAUUGUCCAGCUACCCAGGAGCCUUUGCAGUCGUCAUUCUCCCGUGACACUGUGAUGCCCAAGCUUAAAAGCUUUGUCCCGGCCCUGCAUCAUGCCCUGGUCAAGGUGCGCUGCAACCCACCUGCUGACCUCUCGGCCGGGGUCGAGCACCAGGCCAGGGACUACCUAAGUGGACUUCAUGAUGGAAAGCUCCGCCACGUUCCCAUGACUGAGUACGACACCAAGCUGGAUGACCGGGGGAAGCUGUUCCCGGCUCCAAAACACCACAAGCUCAACAUGGAGGGCUACCUGCGCUCCUACGUCUACAGCCCUAACCUCUACACCAUGCCCGUGGCCCGAGCCAAGGAGAUGAUGGAGAGUUACUGUGUCGUGCCUGAUGACAUCAGCCCUGUGACUGAUUGGGAGGGUGGUAGAAGGGCCAGCGGGGACAAGCCAGUGGUAGGGUCAGAGGUCAAGCCUAAUGGUCCCACUGCUGCCCAGCCUCCGGCGGUCCAGGUGAACCUCUCUCCGUUUCAGUCUCGCACCGACUCCAACCCUCAGAAGGUGAAGGAGCUGAUCAACUUGAUACUGAAGUGUCGGAAGAAUGCAGAGGGGGAUGUGAGGAAGAGAGGAGAGGCGCAGGGAGGAGCGAAGGAGGGGGCAGGCCUGUUGGACCCCCGUGGGCUGAAGAGGAAGCUGGAGAGGGAGACUGCAGAGAGGACUCUGAAGUACCUGAAAAAGGCCUCACAGGAGAGGGGCAGAGUGGACAGCAGACCAGCUGAAGGGGGCCAGAACCCGUCCUGUCUGUCCUCUCUGAUGCUCCACAGUGUGGGUCUGAGAGAUGUGGACCUGAGGAGAGACGGAUCAGAGGCUGCUGUCAAGUUACUGAAAAUGUUAACCAGCCUGAAGAACGCUGCAGGGCAACAGCCACAGGGUUCUGAGGGCAGAGGGGGAGGGUCAAGAGAGGGGGCGGAGCAAACUGAAGCUCUGCUUUUUGAUAGGAUGAUCAAGCUCGGUCUGCCGCCCAAUCAGGACAUUGACCUGAGGAAACGACCUUCUGGGGGCCUGCAGGACAAGGCUGACUACUUGGAGGAGCAGGCAGCAGGCAGUAUGAGCAGUCUGGAAGGCUUCAGCCCCAGUUCCAAUGGUGAAAUGCCCAGGAGAUCGCACUCGCAAUGUCAGGGGGAGGAGCAGAUUCCAUGGGUCCUCAUCCCCAUUACAGGGCUGAAGUGGAAGAAGUACUGCCAGAGAGAGAAGGACAACCCUCAGGACCCGCGCUUCGUACCCCAGAUCCCCAUGGCAACCAGCAGCUACCCCCACUGUGUUCCGGAGCGAAGGGAAAGAAACGUCACCCCUACCCUAGAGGAGCCCCCAGAGCCUAGCCCCAGUCCUCCCCUAGAGGAGCCCCCAGAGCCCAGCCCCAGUCCUCCCCUAGAGCCCAGUCCSUGUCCCAGUCCCUGUCCCAGUCCCUACCCCAGUCCCUACCCUAGUCCCUGCUCCAGUCCCUACCCCAGUCCCAUAGAGGAUGAUGAGCAAUUAGCUGAAACCCCCUGUGACCCCACAGAAAUAACCAACAACGAAAAGACAACCACAGACGAGACAAACCAGAGCCAACUUCUGGUCCCUGUUACUCCAGAGAGCACCAGCCUCCCAGAGAAAAGCAGCAGCCCAUCUCCCUCCCCUGAGCCAGGGCCAGCUGAAGAACCAACCCAUACUAACCCUAGCCCCAUAGAGGCUGGUCAGGAACAAGCUGAAGGCAGUACAGGAAAAUAUAUACCAACAGUUGUGGCAGCUGAAGACCCAAACACAAUGGAGGUUGAACAGGAGGAGGAGGUUAAAGAGGUAGAGGAACAGGUGAUGGAGGAAGUGAAAGAGGAGAAGGAAGAUGUGAUGGAAGUGGUGGAUGAGGAACCGGUGACAGAGGAAGUGGAGGAGGGAGAUGAGAAGGAUGAGGAAGACCUGGUGGAAGUGCUAGAUGGGGUGGAAGAGCAGCUGGAGGAAGGGGAAUUAGUGGAGGAAGAGAACGAACAUGUGGAGACAGAGUUGAAACAGACAGGGCAGGUGUCACCCAGACCAUCCUCCUCCAUUCCUCCCAUCCAGAAUCCUCCUCCCAUUCAAAAUCCUCCUGUCCAGAGAGCCGUUCUGACCGGAGUGGAAAGUAUCCUGGACCAGCAGUUCAGUGACUUCUCCACAGAGAUGCAGAUCCUCCUGCUCAGAGAGAGUGUCCACUACAGCUCAUCGCUUCUCCAUACCCAGAAUGCUUCACAGCAGCUCCCGGUGCAUCCGCUCCUGCACUUCUCAGAGUACGUCUCCUUCUACAACUCGUCGCCUCCCAUGCARGCCUACGUCACCUCGCUCCGAGACCGCAUGGGCACCAUCAUAGACGUACAGGACCAAUGGAUUCCCAGCACGUUAGCCACCCACCCUGCCCUGGUCUCAUCUAUCACUAACCGCCACCAUGCUAACCACUCUCCUCCUACCACUACAUACUGGAACCAUUCUUUCUGUGGCCCUGUGUCUCAGCCUGUCCCCAGCCACCGCUCUCUCCUGCCCCUGCUCCUGGCCUUGCUGUGUCUCAGUCUGUCCCCAGCCACCGCUUCUCUCCUGCUCCUGGCCUUGCUGUGUCUCAGUCUGUCCCAGCCACCGCUUCUCUCCUGCUCCUGGCCUUGCUGUGUCUCAGUCUGUCCCCAGCCACCGCUUCUCCCCUGCAUCUGGCUUGCUGUGUCUCAGCCUGUCCCCAGCCACCGCCUCUCUCCUGCCCCUGCUCCUGGCCUUGCUGUGUCUCAGCCUGUCCCCAGCCACCGCUUCUCUCCUGCUCCUGGCCUUGCUGUGUCUCAGCCUGUACCCAGCCACCGCCUCUCUCCUGCCCCUGCUCCUGGCCUUGCUGUGUCUCAGUCUGUCCCAAAUCGUCUCUCUCCUGCUCCUGGCCUUAGCCUUGCUGUGUCUCAGUCUGUCCCCAGCCACCGCUUCUCUCCUGCUCCUGGCCUUGCUGUGUCUCAGUCUGUCCCCAGCCACCGCUUCUCUCCUGCUCCUGGCCUUGCUGUGUCUCAGUCUGUCCCAAGUCGUCACUCUCCUGGCCUGUUUGCCCCUGGUCCUGAUAGCUCAAACUCUUACAGUUCUCUACCUGUGUCUCAUUUUAAUAGUAAUAAUAAUAAUAGCACAAUGAUUCCCUCUUCAUCGUUUCCCGGCACGGCCUAUUCUCCUACUCUCUACAACAACCCACCCCAGACACAGACGGGACUACCUCAACUCAGCUCCAGUCUAGCCCCCCUGCCCCUCCAACCACUGGACAGUCAAUGGACAACUUCAACACAGAACCCUGACUCAGGCGGGAGACUGGGAACCUGCAAGCCAAGUGAUAUGUCAAAAGCAAAUAAGUGGACAACCACAACACAGAACACUGAGUUGGAUGUCCGAGGGCUACGAGCAAAGUGCACGCCGCAAACAAGUGCCAUGUUUGAAUCAAAAGACGAUGUCGUAAUGGUGGAUCAGCCGGUUUCAGCAGACACCGUGGAGGCUCCACCUCCUCCUCACACUCAGAUGAUUGACAGUUUGUCAGGGGUGGGCGGGCCAGUGGUAGAGCCUGUCCCAGGGCCAGGUCCCGCCUCCCCAUCAGCCAUCAGUAGUCUGAUCAGCCAGCUGAAGCCUGAGUUGUUCAGUAACCUGGUGGAGAUUAUAAAGGAUGUCCAGAAGAAUUCUGUCCAGUUCUACAUCCACACACAGGAGAGGGAGAGGGAGGUCUCCCAUCACAUCAAGGAGUACCUCCAGAGGUUGGGUAACGUAGAACGCAGUCCUGUGAGUUUCCUGGAGAGAGAGAACCGGAUGGACAAACUAAUGGUUCUCAUCCAGAACAAGGACAUUGCAGCGCACAUUCACAAGAUCCCGGCGCUGGUGCGGUUGAAGAGGCAGCCGUCGGUGAUCUUCGCUGGWGUAGACAGUCUGGACGAUGUGAAGAACCACACCUACAACGAGCUGUUUGUCUCUGGGGGAUUCGUUGUCUCAGACGAGUUUGUCCUCAACCCUGACUACAUCACGCACGAGCGUCUGCGGGUGAUUCUGAUGUUCCUGGACCAACAGAACUCAGCAGAGAGCCUGUGGAGGUGGAGGGUCCACUGGAAGACCCAGAAGAAACUCAAGGAACAGUCCAGGUUUAAAAGUGAAGCCAGGAAGAUCUUGAACCUACUGACCACGUACCAGAAGAAAAACAUUGUGGAGUUCCUGCCAUACCAUGAGUGUGACGCUCCAUCUCGCCCCGCCCCCGAUCUGGACUGUCUUCUCAAGCUGCAGGCACAGCACAUUCAGCAACGACACAUCAUCUUCCUCACAGAGAGCCACUUCGAGAUGUUUUCCCACUACUCCAGUACUGGCAUCGUCAUCGCCAACAUCAACGACAUCAUGCACAAUUUCGGUGGCCUAGUUGGUUUCCAUGACAUCAGAGACAAGCGGUCUACCUCAGUAGACCUCAUAGCUGGAGCUACCACAGUCCGAGAGGAAAAGCGUGUGCUGGAGGAACCGAUCCUUCUGGACUCCCCCUCCUCCCCAGAUCGCCUGGUGGACCGCCUGUCCACUCCGCUGAACGAGGACGACUUCCUUCCUCCCCUUCCCGACCAGCUUGUUCCUGACGCGGGGACACCCAUGGAGCUCAACUUCCAGGCCCUGAAGGAAGCCAUCUCUCAGUUCAAGGCUGAUAAGGCUGCUCGCUCACAGAUGGCACCUCCAGAGGUGGAUGGGGAGAGACCAGAGUCCCCACCAGGACCAAGGAUUCCUGGCCUGGGUACAGACUCACCAGGGGGUCUAGGGGACUCUGGAGUUGGUUUCCUCACGCCUGGUCUCCUCACUCAUACCCCUGGUUUCACCCCUUCCCCUGUCUCUCUCCUUGGUCCUGUCCCUCUCCGCUCCAGCCAGUCCCCUGCUGGGAUCCAGAAGGAAGUGGGACUGACCCCCACACGGCAGGCUAAAGAAGCUACCCUCUCCUCCCUCCACUCUAAGCUGGGUCUGAGUGUAACUGGUGGUGCUGAGGUAACCAGUGACAUGUCUUUGUGUGGCUCCCAGGGCAGACUGAACGCUUUCAGCAGCCACCAGGGUCCUCUAGCUGGCAUUGUCACUGAGGGCCAUGGGGAGUCAGGGGCCACACCCAGCAACACUAACGACCCCCCAGGUCCUGAGCCUCCAAGGUCCCAGGGGGAGAACACUAAACCCAGCCCAGUAGAAGGCAGCCUCCAGGGGGGAGGAGGAAUGACUGACAAAGCCCCUAGCAGCCCCCUCCCUGGUCCUCCGGGUCCCAGGGCAGCAGCCCCCCGGCCAGUUGGUGGUGGGGAUUACAUAGCGGCAGCUACAGACAGACUGGCACAGGCAGCCAGACAGCAGCAGAGAAACGGCUUGUUACCCAUGCCGAAUACACUGUUCCUUAACAGUAACCUCAAUCUGCACAACCAUGGCAUGAGCAUAUUCCAACGGCCCAUGUUGAAUAGGCUGGAAGGACCUGCAGGACAGGGGGGUAUUAGACCAUUGAUGCCUAAUGCCAUUGGCUGGGCUAGGAUGGGCCAGGCAGGGGUGUCAGAGUCCUGUCUAUGGGGCCUUCAGCAGCAAAACAUGGGGCUGGGGCGCCACACCUUCCCUCCACGACUGAUGGGGAACCCUCAUCACCCCUGGGGUAGUAACCAGACUGCUAACCAGGGGCGUGGGAAUGGCCCUUGGAAGCGGUGACGAACGGUCUAGUGAACAAACACGAGUUAUGUUCAGUAGGUAUCAACCUGAAAACACUGAGUGAAACAGGGAGGAUAUACCUGGAUGUUCAUUUUUGUUUUCUGCUGUGCCCCAAUGGAUAGAGAGCAACGACUACCUACUUGACCGAGAGUCAAAUCUGUUUUACACAUUACAUUUCUUACUGAACCCUCCUGUCCCCACUAGUGAAUCUUCAUUUAUGAUCCUAAAGCAGCACUUCACUUGACAGGAAAUCACUUUUUCCCCCCACCAGAUGGUAAAGCCAGCUGUGGCCUGGCUGGUGCUACCUGCUGAUGAUACUACUACUCACUAACCUGUCAGAUCUUGUCAAACCAAACAAUUAUAUUUGUAUUUUCUAGGAAAAACUUUUUGUUAUUUUACUUGUUUGUUUAGGGGCUGUAUUCAAUCAGAUCCGCUUUAGCCGACAUCUGCGUAGCGGUUGUUUCGGCGGUGUCGGAGAKGGAACAGCAGAGCUGUCAAAUCCACUAGCGGCUCCUGGCAUUAUACCUAGUGGACAUUACCGUUGGCUGAACGGUGUUGCAUUAAGUUUGAACAGUGAGAUGUAGUCUACAUUAUAUGUCCGUUAGAUGAUAGAGACCCUCAUUAUUUAGUUUCAGGAUUGUUCAAUUAGAGCCUCAUUAUUUCUAUAUAGCCUACACUUCCUCAUUCUGAACUUCUAAUGGGAGUGGCCCAGGUGUGGCUGAGUGACAAUUAUCGCAAGAGCAGCUGCUCACCRAUUUGAUGCCUCAGUUUGACCUUCAACACCACCAAAACCAUCCGCUAUGCUACGCUUGAUCUGAUUGAAUCUAGGCCCAAGUUAAUAUCCUUGUACCUUUUUUGGUUUUGUAAAGAAGUAUACUGUAGCCAUGUGGCCUUGUACAGAAAAMCAGUGGUUUUAUCUUAAUGUUAUUUUGUACAACUUUGUUUGUAUUAAAACAUGCUUGUCAAAACUA